GACUUUGGCCGGGUGUGACAUUCGCAGGGAAAUGUAACUGCUCGCUAACUUGCAGAAACUGAAGGGGGGUUGGACAGCAAUGACUUCAUUCCUCACUCGGUGUGGGUGUGAGCUGCAGGAAUUACCACAUCUGAUUUGCCAACAGAUUUUAACUGAACGCGAGCAGCCCUACGUUAAGAAAAUAAGUGAACUUUGCUGCCGCUCUGGCAGUUUCCUCCCUCUCUCCGUGGUAACGAAGUGAGACUUAUUUUUGGCAGUGUCUUGCGUGUGGGAAGUUCGCAGCCAAGAACCUGGGGAGUAGCACAGGGCAAGAGGCAGGGUGGGGGGGAGAGAAAAACCAUAGGGAGGAGGACUGAGUGUACAAUGUCAACGCUUAAUCUUAACAUCGGCCAGAGGACAAUUCCCUUUGAACUGACGGGAGCUGAGAGCAACGCAGGCUUCUAAGUUCCAGCUGCACGCUAAAGGAGGUGGAGAGGGGGGUAGAUUUGCAUCAGGAAGCGUCUCAGUCAUUACCUUGGAGCCCCCGAAUACUGUACAUUUUUUUGACUGCUGCUUUGUGUGUGUGUGUGUGUGUGUGUGCUGGUGGAAGAAGUCCUGUGCAGAUGACGUGGACCAGCACUAUGAGCAGCGGCUACAGCAGUUUGGAAGAGGACUCUGAAGAGUACUUCUUCACUGCAAGAACUUCCUUCUUCAAGAAGCCUCCAGCUAAAGCCAAGCCCGAUCGAGAUGUUGAAAAGGAAAGGGAGCCACAGAAAAUACUUACAAAAGAGGAGAUCAAACAGAAGAUUGAAGUCUAUAACUCAACGGUAACAGACAGGUUAAAAAUGACCCUGAAUUCAAAUGAAGUAUACACUGGUUUUAUCAAAGUUCAGAUGGACUUGCGCAGGCCGAUUACCAUUCGCCCCAUGACCACUCAAGGGAGCCACCCGUAUAAUAACAACAAUGAGAUUGCCUUCUACAUGCCCAAGGAUACUACGAACACUCUCCACAUCAGCAGCAGCAAUACCGUGAAGGAAGUCAUUGAGGCCUUGCUGAAGAAGUUCAUGGUUGCCGAUAACCCUGCCAAGUUUGCACUCUUCAAGCGGUCCCGCAAGGAAGAGCAAGUCCACAUGAGCAAGCUGCUGGAUGCUGAACAUCCUCUUUACCUCCGCCUGCUUGCCGGGCCCAGCUCUGACACUCUGGGUUUUGUCCUCCGUGAGCAUGAGACUGGGGAAGUGCUUUGGGAAGCCUUCAGUCUGCCCGAGCUGCAGAACUUCUUGCGUAUAUUGGCUAAAGAGGAAGACGAUCAAUUUCAGCACUUGAAGAGGCGCUAUGGCAACUACAGAACCAAGCUUGAAGAGGCCUUGAGAGCAACUGGAAAACCAGGUUAACCUGGUCCAGGAAAACGGCAAAGGAAGCAGGUUCAAUACAAAGAGGGCAUGCUUCAACCAGGGACUAUAUGCAAGUGUAACCAACAGGAGUGGCCUUCAAAUUUGAAGACUUAUGGUUUAGCACUAGGAUAAGAACUUGCGUGCAGCUAAAAAUGUUGGACCCAUCGACCAGGAGCCAAGUCUUCUCUUUCUUUUCUUGCACAAACAAAAUGUUUACUGGACAGUCAGGAGAUUAUUUAUAAAUUGGCCAAUUGCCCCUAGCUGAUUGGAAGGCUCCGUAAGAAGUGUUGUAACAUGUAAUCCUUGUGUGCACUCCCAUGAAUAAAACAUUACAAUGGUGGCUUUAACGUGUCACUGCACACUGGGAAACAUCCUUAGAAUGCCCUGGUCCGUGGCUUCAUUGGCUUGCUAGUGUUGUUAGUAAAUAGGCACAAGGUGACAAGGUUCAGCCUGAAAACUGUCCAGUGUCCUUUUGGCACUGCUCACCUUUCUGGGCAGUGUGAAGGAUAACCUUUUGUGAUCUCUCAUGCUGAGAAAAAACUUACAGGGCUGAAUGUUUUUUUGUUUUUGCAAUGCUUUAAAAUUCAAAAUGUGGCCCAUUGCAAAGGGUCUUCAAUUAAAGAGCUUUUAGACUGGGUGGAAUGGAUCUAAAGAAUUGGAAUGACCGAUGGAUUGAGUAGUAAGGGGUCAAUGAUGAUUUGUAUGUAGGAGGGGGUAAGGGAAGUAGUGAUGGUGAGCCAUUGUUAAUGGUGUUGUGGAUGGGAUAAAUGGUGUUGUGAAGACACUUUUAGGCUGUGCUAAAGAAUGAGGAAUUAGAGAUGGAAAUGUUAUGUAACCAGAUGUACUAGAACCAUGGAGGGAAUAAGGUUGGAUUUAAGGAAAGUAGCUUGUUUUAAGUGAUUUUUGCUUUGGCAAUCCUGAGGUGCAUUGCUUACAUCUGUAAGUGCCUGCAGAGUGCUAGCUAUACGCACCCUUAGCACAUAAAUCGACUGAUAUCAUUGUGUAAGUAUGGCAGCAGCAACAACAACAGGGGCCCCUUGUAGCACAGCCUGUCCGUGGGCACUCGAGGUCUCCCCCACAAUGGCUCCCUGUGGAGUUGCUAACUUCACCCUCGCACUCUUGGCUUCAGGUUCCUUGUCCAGGGGUAUACUAUCAGUGUGGGACCAAAUGAGUGGAUGCGUGUGCUUUGGUUAAAGAUGCACUGAUGCUUGGGGAAUAACCUAACCCACAAUUGAUCAUAAGCAAAAGAACAACUUGCAUUUAUGUAGCGCCUUUGAUGUAGGCAAACAUCCCAAGGCACUUUGCAGGAUUGUUUUCAGAACUGAAACUGAGCUAAAAAAGAAAACAUUAGGACAGGCGACCGAAAGCUUGGUCAAAGAGGUAGGUUUUAAGAAGGAAAGAGUUAGAGAAGAGUUUAGGGAGGGAAUUUCAGAGCUUAGGGCCUAAUUGGCUGAAUGAACAGCCAGUAAUGACAGGAGGGAGGGGAUAGACUAGAGGCCGGAAUUGGAGGAAUAUGGAGUUCUGGGAGGGUUGAGAAGCUUGGAGAGAUUACAGAGAUAUAAGCAUUAUGUUGGCCAGAUCUUAAAGCAAUUGGUCGAAAAUUAGGAAUUUAGUCAUUUCCAUCUUCCUGUCAUUAUGUGUGGAUGUUUUGAAGUACAAAAGCUACCAGAAUAAUGUGCCAUUUGGCUGACCUCCUGAGCUAUCAGAAUGUCUGCACGAGGCCCUUGAGACGAGGUUCGCUGUUCUGGUAAUGAACUGCAAGCAGUUGCUUUAGAAUUAACGUGAUUCUGUAACAUCAGGUUACUUUGCUUAAAGGCUGUUUACCAUCCUGUCACCCCUUGUGCCUCAGCACCUUUUAGCGUCAAAAUGCUGAGCACUAAGUUCACAAUAGCCACUUAAACUGACGGCACGAGAAAAGGAGACAUACUCGAUAAGCGAUGAGUCUGAGGAUCUCAAAUACUCUAUGCCAGACCCAAGCCCAGACAUGAUACAAGAAAAGCCAUAAGGCCAAAGUUACCUUUUUCCUCAUCUUACCCCAUACUGUGUCUCAAGUUACUCCCACAUUGUAUAAAAUGGAACAGUGCGCUCUCGUUUUGCAUUUGAACAGAUACUAACUCCUUUCAUCGUUUCCUGAAGGAAUCUGCUCCGUGGAUUGACCACUCACUGUUUCCACGGAGCAGUGACCUCUGCCUCGGUGCCUCUGCUUAAGGCGAGUCAUCUGGUCAUGAUGCACCAAUGCUGGCGGUGAAUUGAGUCUGUGUGUUAACUGGGCACAAACAUUCCCAGACUAUUGCUUAAAAUUAUUGUCGACAUUUUUAAUGCGUUAAAUUCAGAUUAUAGAUGUCGCUUAAUGGACCAUAGUGUAUUUCAGAUUAAUUCUAAUUGGGAGCAGGUUGUGGAAAGCGCAGGUGCAGCGAUCCAGAAAAUGAAACGCUACAAGGGAAAUCUGUAAUUCUGUGAGAGCUGUCUGAUUGCUAGUUGUUCCUUUAGUCCUUCCGAUAAUGCAUAAAGCAGUUACAAUCCAAUCGGGACUGUGUUGUACCUGUGAAUGGUGGGUUGUGAGGUGCAGUAAGGGAAAUUGGUGAUCUUACUUCUCAGACUAGACCAAAGACCCCAGUGAAGCAUCACUGCAUUUCCAGUAAUGCACUUCAUUUUGUGUGGAAAAUCUAUGUAUUGCUGCUCUCUGGUUAGCCAUAUAGAGUUAUCAGCCAAGGAGAGGGCAAGUGUGCAAUAGAGGUCAAUGCCAUGUAUGUUUGUUGAAAUUACUGAAAGGUAAAUUUACCAGGACAGUUUAUACUGGUUCCUAAAAACAACCAAAAGCUCUGAACUGCUUAAUUAGUAACUUAUGAGCAGGCCAUUCAGCCCCUCAAGCCUGCCAUUCAAAUAAAUUCUAACUCCUGGCUCUCUAACCUUUAAUAGCCUUGUCUAAGUGCCUCCUAACUUGCUGCAGGCACUGCUACGGUCCAUUCUGUUUAGUGUGUGUGUGUGAGGGUUAAAACUUUGUGAUAUACUUUAACUCUGACUUUAGUCCUGAGCAUGAAUAAUAGUCAAAUGGCUGUGCAUGAGUAUUGACACCAGCGUGGUUCAAUCAUCUGCUAAAAUGCCUUCAAUAUUCUGUACCCGUUCACCCCAGGCUUAUCUGUUAACUCAGAGAAUCCAAUGCAAUCUUCCUGCCAUUCUCCACCACCCUGCAGAUGUAGUUACAUUGAGCUUACAACACGGACACAGACCACUCCUCCAUCGGAUCUCUGCUGGAGUUUACGCUCCGCAUGGCCUCCUUCCCCUCUCUUCACCUAACUUUAGCAACAUACUCUUCCAUUCCUUACCCCCUCAUGUGGUUACCUAACUUCCCCUAAAAGGCAUCUAUGCUAUUCACCUCAAUUACACCCAGUGGUAGUGUUCCACAUUCUUGCCACUUUCUGGGUAAAACAGUUUCUCCUUAAUUCCUUGUUUUGUUGACCUGUAGUUUUGGAGGAGGUGGUGGGUGUGGGGGGGAGAAAAGUGGAAACCUCUUCUCCUUUUCUAUCAAAGCCUUUAAUAAUCCUAAAGAUUUCUAUCAACUCGCCCCUCAGCCUCCUACAGAAAAGAGCCCCCAGACUAUUCAGGCUUUCCGGAUAGUUAUAACUCAGUUCCCUUAUCUUCCUCAUAAAUCUUUUUUUUGUUGCACCAUCUGCCUUGAUAUUUUAAAAAUUAUGGUGUCCAAAACUGUGGACGGUAUUCUAACUGAACAGGCAGUGCCAGCGUGUGGUCUGAGCAGGGAGCUGCCAGGAGUGCGUAUCUAAAUUUUCCCAGCUGUUGGACAGACUAUGGUGUGUAAUGUCCAGCAGUGUCCCUGCCCCUGGUCACCCAGCCUAGGGAACAACUACAACAAAAUGGCGGCUCGCACUAUGUUGCGAGUUAGUACUUAUCCACUGAACCAGCAUCAAUCCUUCUAUCCAGGGUGGGGAUGGGGGGAGAGUAAGCUCCCGACAAAAUCAUGUACGCCUUUUUAAACGAGUUUUACGAUUUCUCUGCACCUAACCCACGGAGCAGAUCUCCCAUGGUCGUGAUUCGGCACAUUGCAACCACGCUUCAAAACCACUUUAUUGGCUGGAAAGCACUUUGGGACAUUCCUGGGGGUGGUGGGUGGGUGGAGCUUGUGGAAGGUGCUAUAGAAACGAAAAGUUCAUUCCGUUUUUAUCAAGCGAGCUGCAGUUUGUGAUCUAAUUCCCAUCACGUAACCUUUUUUUAACUGAUGUGAGUGGGGCAGGGGGAGGGGUUUGGACCAAGGUUAUUUGCUCUGUGCCCGCACUGCUGAUCAAUGAGUAUUUAAUGUGUUACUACUGUAAUAAGCUUUGUGAACCAUUUCCAGCAAAUAGAAUUGUACAAUGAGUUGUGUGGGAUGUGGCGGUGAUUAAUUGUUCUUUUAACUGGGGGGGUGGGGUGCGAUUGGCCAACACGGGUUACAGAUGAGUCAGCGGAGCUGACUGGAAGCAUUGGAGUCUUCCCCAAGCCCGGUUGAGGGGCAUGAGGGAAGGGAGUUGGGGGGGGGGGGGUGCGUUGGGUGGCAGAGGCAGUUUGUGGACAUUGCUGGUGAGGCCACCUUUGAUGCCCAUCCCUCCUGGUUGCCCAGUUUUGACGAAGGUGGCGGUGGCUGCCUCCCUUGAACUGUUGCAGAGUGUCGGUGCCUUCCCAGCUGGGCUAGACUGGGCUUUCCCUCCACAAAGAGUGGCGGGAGGCUAUGCUGGCUCUCGCUGUGGAGACUCCAGCCUGCAGGGAAGUGUGGACCAGCCCCCUUUAGAAAUUUCAUACGGCUGGUAAUGAACUCUUGAACAAUUAGCUCCAGGGCUGGUGGUUUAAAAAGACCCUUGAGUGGAUCUUUUUCUUCCAGACACAUUGCAGCUUCUAUUUUUUAAACUGAAUUUCUCCCCCCCCCCACCACUUCAGAAAACCUGAGGGGUGAAAGGUCAUGCAGUCAACAGAUCCCAUUCCGGGUUGGCAAUCUGUGGUAAGCUCUAAUUGAAUUACGCAGCAAGCAUAACAUUUGCCAGGUGGGUUAUAAACUACUGACUCUGAAGUGACCAGGGGGCAGGUUACUGUUGCACCCGCUGAUACCAAAGUCGAAACUAGGGCACUUUAGCACAUCAGGGAUCUGCUCGUAGUCUUGUUAACCCAGAGAAACCUAUCGAAACUUGACGUUUUAAUUCAGCCAUCUGCUUUCACUGUUUCUUGCCAUGUUGUAUUCUUUUAACAAAGAAAAAAAGCUGUACCAAAGUUUCCUCCGAUGCUCAUUUUGUGUUGCGACAAUUUUUGUUCGAGUUAGACACUGUACAAAAGUCUUAUUAUUAUUUUUUUUUACAGGACCUCUGUACUCUUGCUGUGAACUGAAUGAGUUGGACAGUAGAGAUGCUUUUAUGUUCUUUUUACUGUGAAUGUUUUUUUACCCUUACUUGAAUGAGUUGCAAACCACUGUAUAAGCGCAAAAAUAUUCAACAGCUGUGGGACACGCCUAGGUGUGUGGCGCACUUCCAAAUUAGUCGUUUUGUUAAAGGGGAAGGGGGGGGGGGUUUAGUGACAGAUUUUUAAUUUGGCGUUUGUAUUUUAUUGCGAUUCAUGGCACCAAUGAAGGUUGUGAUAUGAUGCUCCUCUUACUGUAAUUGAACACUGAUCAAUGUGCUGCUGAUGCUUUCAGUAAAAGACCCAAACGGCAUUGUGCAUUACAUAAUCGUAAAUGAAAAUGCAAAUCGCUGACUGCAUUUGUGUUGAAAUAUGUAAGGGUACAAAAACGGACAUCAACCUUUAAUCGUGGAUAUGCAUGCGGAGAAGCACAAACGCUAGUCGGUGUAUAGGACUGAAAGUUUUUUUUUUGUUAUAAUAUUUAUACUGAUGCAAGUGCAAAUUUAUUUUUUUAGGGAGGAAUUGUUCUGUUUCCUUUUAAAAUAUUGAAUUUCAAAGGUGGCCUUUGUGAACUGUCAUUGCAUAUUUUAAUAAAGUUGUGAUUGACAGAU